UGGCAUCUGGGAGCGCAGCGGAGCCCACCGCGCAGGCGACAUGGAGCCGGACGCCCAGCCCGAGCUGGAGCCGGUCACGCUCCUGGUGAAGAGCCCCAACCAGCGCCACCGCGACUUGGAGCUGAGCUGUGACCGCAGCUGGAGCGUGGGCCACCUCAAAGCCCACCUGAGCCGCGUCUACCCCGAGCGCCCGCGUCCUGAGGACCAGAGGCUGAUUUAUUCUGGGAAGCUGUUGUCGGACCACCUGAGCCUCAGGGAGUUACUCCCAAAGCAGGAGAAACGGCACGUUUUACACCUUGUGUGCAACGUGAAGACACCUUCAAAGACGCCCGAAACCAGCACCAAGGUUGCUGAGCCCCCGGAGCAGCCCUCUGGCCUUCAUCAGGGACAGUAUUCCGGGGCCGCCUCGAGUGACGGCGUAAGGCAAAGGGAGGUUCAGCGGAACCUGCCCCCCUCGGGCUGGGAGAUUGUCCCUACGCCCGAUGCUGCCCAGCAGACGUUCCAAGGCCUGGGGCCUGGGUUCUCGGGCUACACCACGUACGGGUGGCUGCAGCUCUCCUGGUUCCAGCAGAUCUAUGCCCGGCAGUACUACAUGCAAUAUUUGGCGGCCACUGCUGCAUCGGGGGCGUUUGUCCCAGCACCAAGUGCCCAAGAGAUACCUGUGGUCCCUGCUCCAGCUCCCGCCCCGGCCCCAAUUCCCAACCAGUUUCCAGCUGAAAACCAGCCUGCCAAUCAGAAUGCUGCUCCUCCAGUGGUGGCCAAUCCGGGAGCCAAUCAGAAUCUGCGCAUGAAUGCCCAAGGUGGCCCAAUUGUGGAAGAAGACGACGAGAUAAACCGGGAUUGGCUGGACUGGACCUACUCGGCAGCGACCUUCUCGGUGUUCCUCAGCAUCCUCUACUUCUACUCCUCGCUGAGCAGAUUCCUCAUGGUCCUGGGGGCCACCUUCGUCAUGUACCUGCAUCACGUUGGGUGGUUUCCAUUUAGACCCAGGCCGUUUCAGAACUUCCAGAAUGAUGGUCCUCCCUAUGAUGCUGUGAAUCAGGACCCCAACAACAAUCUGCAGGACGAGGGCUCUGACCCUGAAGCUGAGGAGCCCAGCCCCUUCCCUCCAGACAGAGACGGCCUAGGUGAAGAGCAGACCGGCCCCUCCUUCAUGAGCACGGCGUGGCUCGUCUUUAAGACCUUCUUUGCCUCCCUUCUGCCGGAAGGGCCCCCAGCCCUAGCAAACUGAAUGCCGUCUGCUCCUACGGCUGCGGGCGGCUCCGGCCGGAGGGGCUGGAUCUUCUGACUCCAGCUGGAUCUCCACCUGCACACGGCCAUGGUGACCUUGUCGGAAGACCCAAAGAGGAGGACGAUAGGCUUUUGUGAUGGAGCAAAAGCAGUGAGACGUGAAGCCAUGAUACAAAUUGAUGAACCAAAUAUGCACAAGGCUACUCAUGUCUUUCUUCUGAAGAGCUUUAAUAUAUACUGUAGGUAGUUUCAUAGGCACUGUACGUAGAAGCCAUUAGCAUUGCAUGUUGAUGCCUGAGGACCUUUUCCAGAGAUGUGUGUCUGCAUGUGUGUUUGUACAUAGAUGUCAUAGAUGCAGAAAUGGUUCUGCAGGUACGAUUUGAUUCCUGUUGGAAUGUUUAAAUUACACUAAGUGUACUACUUUAUAUAAUCAAAUGAAAUUGCUAGACAUGUUUUAGCAGGACUUUUCUAGUAGAGACUUAUGUAUAAUUGCUUUUUAAAACGCCGCGCUUUACUUUCAAACCGAGGGGCGCUUGGCAGAGGUGGAAGCCUCUGCCGAGUUUCUGUUCAAUAAAGUUUUACUAUGAAUGACCCUGGUCA